GGAGCAGCCGGAAGUGCUGGCGCGCGCUGUCAGCGACGCCGGAAGUCUUGGGCCGGCCUGGCGGUAACCUUGCGGGCUGGGCCGCGUCUCGUGAGGUGGUUUCGCCGUGUCCGAGCGUUGAGUCAGCGAGGCUCGUGAACUGCGUGGGAGCCGCCGAGGUCGCGCGGGAGGGAGCCGAGGGCCGCGGAGCGCAGGCGCGCGUCCAGGGCCUCGCAGCCGCCAUGUCUCUGGUGGCGGAAGCGUUUGUCUCCCAGAUCGCAGCCACAGAACCUUGGCCUGAAAAUGCCACCUUAUAUCAGCAACUGAGAGGGGAGCAAAUUUUGCUUUCUGACAAUGCAGCAUCUCUUGCUGUGCAGGCCUUUCUGCAAAUGUGUAAUCUGCCUGUCAAAGUGGUGUGUAGGGCAAAUGCAGAAUACAUGUCUCCAUCUGGAAAAGUACCUUUUAUUCAUGUGGGAAAUCAAGUAGUGUCAGAACUUGGUCCUAUAGUCCAGUUCGUUAAAGCCAAGGGCCAUUCUCUUAGUGAUGGGUUGGAUGAAGUCCAAAAAGCAGAAAUGAAAGCUUACAUGGAAUUAGUCAACAAUAUGCUGUUGACUGCAGAGCUGUAUCUCCAGUGGUGUGAUGAAGCUACAGCCGGGGAGAUCACUCAUGCUAGGUAUGGCUCCCCUUACCCUUGGCCCCUGAACCACAUUUUGGCCUAUCAGAAGCAGUGGGAAGUCAAACGUAAGAUGAAAGCUAUCGGAUGGGGUAACAAGACUCUGGAUCAGGUCUUAGAAGAUGUGGACCAGUGCUGUCAAGCCCUUUCCCAAAGACUGGGAACACAACCUUACUUCUUCAAUAAGCAACCUACCGAACUUGAUGCUUUGGUGUUUGGCCAUUUAUACACCAUUCUCACCACACAGCUGACCAGUGAUGAACUUUCUGAGAAGGUGAAAAACUAUAGCAACCUCCUUGCAUUCUGUAGAAGAAUUGAACAGCACUAUUUUGAAGAUCGGGGUAAAGGCAGGUUGUCGUAGAGUUGUAUGUCAAUUAGUUAUAAAAAAAAAAUCUAACUCUUGAAAUAUGAAUUACUUGAACAGUAUAAUAAAAGUUUCAGAAUUUCAAAACCAAAACCACUUUUUUGAAACCUCAGAAAUUUGCACAAUGUCAUAUACAUGUUCUUUGUGCUGUCUGUGUCUACCUUCAUUUUGAGUUGUUUGAUUUGUUACACUGUAUUCUAUAUCUUGACAUUUUAUUUCUUUAUGAGCAUAUAAAAAUAAACCUCAAGCACUGUGGUUGUUUCA